AUGUUUUCGAGAAUCUCUUCCAGCAUGUCUGGUUGGACUCAGAUUUGUCUUAUUACAUCACUGCUAGCUCCGCAACUAUACGCACAAAGCCUUUCUAAUUGCCAUCGCCACGGCUCAACUGAAUAUUGCUACGGCCCUGAUGGCCAAGAGACUCCUGUCACGACACAUCUUUCGGCUCCUUCAACCGCACCAAAUGCUGCAAGCGCAACUCCAACCGCUACAAAUGCGGCUCAGACAACAGCCAUCACGGGCUGCCAUCUGCACGCCACCAAGACGUAUGUAGUCCUUGUGCGAAAUCACCGAAACUCCUUCUCACAUAUAGACAGUUUUUGUAUCGCCGGAGACGGCAAAGAGGUUCAGGUAACGGGGCCGGCAGGGCCCAAUACUACGCCACCUACUCAAUAUACCGAUUGUCAUCGACAUGGAUCUAAGUUGUACGUGAUUCUCGAAACUUCACCUUUAUCAAUCCCACUACGGACGUCGAACAAGGAUGCUGAUUUCAAUCCUAGGUACUGCGUAGGCCCUAACAAUGAAGAAGUCGAGGUCUUGGCAGCAGAAGCCUCAAGUCCUACAGGAGGGCACGACGGCCACAACCAUGGCAAUGAUCAUGACCAGCAGGAGCUCGAUUGCCACUUUCAUGCAGGUGUAGAGAUCGACCGCAAUUACAACGUUCCUUACCGUAUUGGUUCGCUUUUCGCUAUUUUGAUCACCAGCGGUAUCGCCGUUUUCGCCCCCGUACUUUGGAAGCGGUUUUCUCCUUCGACGGCAAGCGCAUCGGCGUUUCUUAUCAUCAAGCAGUUCGGUACCGGGGUUAUGGUUGCUACUGCCUUCAUUCAUCUUUUGACCCAUGCGCAGCUUACGUUCGCGAACAGGUGUCUCGGACGCCUUCAAUACGAAGCCACGGCUACCGCCAUCAUGAUGGCGGGUCUGUUCUUAACUUUCUUGUUGGAGUACUUUGGCCAUAGAGUGAUGGCUUCGAGGAUUCGUCCAGAGUCUGACCGGGAGGGCUCGGUAUCUAGCUCAACACAGCAGGCAAACCAAAAGGAUUCAUCAACAACGUGUGCCGUUGCUCCCGAGAUGUCCCAUCAGCAUGCACCACGAAGCGAUAAACUGAGUGUCAUUCUUAUGGAAGCUGGAAUUGUUUUCCAUUCUAUUAUUCUCGGUCUCACUCUCGUUGUUGCUGGAGAUUCGGCAUACACACCUCUGUUUAUUGUGAUUAUAUUUCACCAAAUGUUCGAAGGCUUGGCCCUUGGGUCCAGAAUCGCCGACCUUGCCAAGAUGGCGACCGGUAUGAAACUCAUCAUGGCAACUAUAUUUACACUCAUCACUCCAAUUGGUAUGGCUAUCGGACUUGGCGUCCGCAAGACGUUCAACGGAAACGAUAGAAGCACCAUUAUUGCGAUUGGAACUCUCGACUCUUUCUCUGCAGGCAUUUUGACGUGGGCAUCCCUUGUAAAUAUGUGGGGUCAUGAUUGGAUUUAUGGGGAAUUUAGACAGACUGGCGUUAUGAAAACCUGUCUUGGAAUGCUUUCUCUGCUUCUGGGUAUGAUUGCAAUGGCUGUGCUAGGAAAAUGGGCAUAA